CUCAUGAGUUAUGAAAGUAAAUAUUAAAUAAAGCGUAUAAAAUAGUGCAGUAAUUUAAUAUUUUCGGAAAAUGCAAGUGCGUUUUUAGUGGUAGGGAUAAUUACUAGUGGGGUAGGUCGAAAACCGCCUAAGUACAAUAAAAUUUGGAUUAAUUUAUUCCCAAAAACAGUUAUUUUUUUUUGUUCGAUACCACUAAUCUUGUUAACUUACACAUAAAACAACAAAAAGAAAAAAAAAUAAAAAACCAAAGAGAAGUUCAAUAAAAAAGAAUUAAAGAGAGGAAAAUCAAUUAUAAAAAGAAUUGACAUUGUUUAUGUAAAAAAAAUUAGACUGCUUUUUUAUCAUUAAAAAUAAAACUUUUUUGAAUAUUUGAAUGGAAAAUAAUUAUGCCGUCAGAUAAUGCAAAAGAAACGACUGGCUUAAAACGAGCAUGCUUCCAAAUUUUAGCAGGAGGAUCAGCUGGAUUUGUUGAAGUUUCGAUCAUGCAACCAUUAGAUGUGGUCAAAACUCGCCUCCAAUUACAAAAUAAAAUAGUAACGAAAUCUAAAACAGAGUUAUACACAGGAGUUUUUGACUGUUUCAAAAAAAUGUACAAAAAUGAAGGAGUUUUUUCAUUUUGGAAAGGUAUCAUUCCACCUAUAAUGGCUGAGACACCAAAACGGGCUCUCAAAUUUGUGUGUUUUGAGCAGUUGAAACCCUUACUUAUGUUUGGUCAUGAAAAACCUACACCUCUUACAUUCUCGUUAGCUGGUUUGGGUGCAGGAGUUACAGAAGCUGUUGCAGUUAACCCAUUUGAAGUUGUAAAGGUAACUCAACAAGCAGACAAGGCACAUGCGAGAAAAGCCGCUAACACGUUUACGGUUACAAAACGAAUUAUAAAUGAAAAUGGAUUUGGUUCAAAAGGCUUGAAUAAAGGCUUAACAGCCACAAUGUCUAGAAAUGGUGCAUUUAACAUGGUUUAUUUCGGUUUCUAUAACAGUGUUAAAGAUAUGUAUUCAGUUAAUCCGGACCCUACACUAGAGUUUUUAAAGAAGUUUUGUAUAGGUUUUGUAUCUGGAACUUUGGCAUCAUUGUUUAACAUACCUUUUGAUGUAGCGAAAUCCAGAAUUCAAGGUCCACAACCUGAUCCUAAUAAGAUAAAGUACAAGGGCACAAUUAACAGCAUUUUAAUUGUCUAUAAAGAAGAAGGUUUAGCAGCAUUAUACAAAGGUUUAGUACCUAAAGUAAUGAGACUGGGUCCCGGAGGAGCUAUUAUGAUGUUGGUUUUUGAACAUGUAUUUGAAUAUUUGCAAGAUAACUUUUAACAUCUUUUAAUUUAUUAACAUUUCUUUUUUUUUUUAAAUAUAAUUAAAGAAAGUUAUUGUGUCUAACAUUCUAUAAUCAAUGAUCUUUUAUGCAGGUCCGAUACUAAAUUUUAAAUUUUUUAUGUAAUUUUUUGAAAUUUAAGUUUUUUAUUGUUAAAUUGAAUUUAUUUUCGCAAUAAUAAUUAAUUUUAUUUAAUUCCAAUUCCUUCCCGUAUAAUGAAGUUGUUAUUUUGUAGUUGUUAACUUUUAAUUGCCAAGUUUUUUAAGUUGAAUGUUAAGACUAAAGUUAAUUAGUCAAAAUUUUAGAAGUUUAA